AUGACCACGACAAAAUCCUCUAAUUAUAAACGCUUCCAGUAUAUAUUGAAAAGAACCCUGGAACGCAACGUUGUCAAUGGCCACAUCAGAAACAAGAGUGAUAAAUCCACGGGCUCCAGAAGCUCAAGUGAUUCACUCAAAAGACGACGCCGUAAGAAAGAGGAAGUGGACCGACAAGGGACAGAACACACAAUUCUCGGGAGUAAAAAGGCCAUAACCACGGACGCUCCACAAGCGGCACAAGGGAGAGCAGCCACUAGGUUCCGAGCCCAUCAAAAGGCUAAUAGUGCGAGUUCUUUGUACCGCCGAAGUUUUAUCUCGUUACGCGGAAAUUCUAGCGCACCCGCUUCCAAGACUGAACCUCAGGUAGUUAUAAGGCCCCCGUCUCGACCACCGUCUGUCUUAGAAAGCUCUUCAUCGAACGACAGACAGCAGGUUAGAAUUUCAUCAUCACCAAUAUCACCUAGUUACACGAGUCGUUUCAGAAGGCAACAUAAAAGUAGCUCUUCAGAAUCUUCAAUAUUCAAUUCUUUGUUUGGUUCAAACAAUGGUGUUUCGAGUAGCUCUUCUAAUGAUGCUACAGCCGCACACCAAAGGGCAUCUAUAAAUUUCAAAAGUCCGUCUUUGGAAAGUCUUGCAGCGGACAAAACUCGUUCGAACGCUGUCGAUACUACUAACAGGACAGAAGCUACGCAACCAGACGAAAAGACUAGUUUAUGGGGAAAGUUGAAAAGAAAGUCGGUUCAAUUGGAUGCAGCUAUAUCACAGAGCACAACACUUUCUUCUGAGGUUGAGGCGCCGGAUACAAAGACUCUUGCUGAACCAAGGACGGUAUCAACUGAAUUUAAGUGGGAUGAUUUUUUACUAGACAAGAAGUACUAUCCACUCAAGAACGCUGAAAUAUUAGAUCGAUACAUUUUAGUGACAAAGGAUAAUCGAUUCUUUACCCCAUUGAAUGUUGGAAUUAUCACAAAUCUGGAGGAAUUCAAGGACUCCAUGGCGCUUUCAGUUGGCAUACGGCAUAGAAACUUCACUAUACAUCUUACCGACUUUGGCUGCGAUAUUGGUUGUGCUAUCAGUGACGAUCUGCUGGAGACAAUGCGGAACAACAUGUUUUACAAUAUACCUAACAAGUUCUUUUUGAAAGAUCAAUUGAAGUUUCAACUGCAUCCGACCGAUAAAAAAGCCGAUCAUGAAGUACAAGCAUCUAUUAAAUCAAAUAAGAGUAAAGGGUCAGUAAAAUCUACCAGCAGUAGUGUACUAAAUUCGAAUGAUGACAACUCUACCGCUACUUCAUGUUCAGACGUAACUUCUUUCGACGACAUCGCGCAUGCAACUGGCCGUGUUGCAUAUCCGCGAACACCUAAUUCCUAUUAUGGUGCUGUGGUGGCUGGUUCAAAUACCGAGGUUGAUUACUGGACUUUCAAGGACUCCAGAAACGAGGAGCCAUUACCACAAAGUCUUUCAAGGACACGUUCUAGGAAUUUGAGAGGAAAAACUUCUAAUGUCGGAAGUGCUUUCAAUACCGGCUCCGUGUCUCACGGCGGGCAGUCAUUCCAAGUUAUUAGGAAGAGAACGGAAGACGAAAUUGACUUUAACAAUCGUCGUUCCUCUCCAUAUACCAACACUGAUUUUGCACCUAAAAGAGAUGCACCCAAACCCCCAUCUAGUUCUCAGACUUCGUUGCCAUCAUCUGGCAACAGCAGUGCAACCAGCUCCCCAAAAAUCCAUAAUGGUCGUAAAAACUCUGCCAUUGCCCGCAAAGCGCGACCUCCGCCACCUGCCCCAAUGUGGAAUGCUAUAUCCUCUAAAUCAUCGAAUCUUUCUUUGAAUACCCACAGAUCUCUGGAAGGUGGUUCCCAUGAAACAAUUGUUCAUCCCUACACACCUGCGUCGACCCAAAUUCUGGUUCCACAACCUUAUAAAGGUAAAAGCGACAGCACAGCGAUAAGUACGGAUGACCCUACCUCUUCCUUCAAAUACCGCCCGAAAACUGACAGAUCCAAUUCCACUCAAUCUACAGUGAAUGCCUCUGUAAAAGUGCCCCCACAACUACUUAAAAGGAGUAGUACAAAACGGAUAGUUUCUUCGGCAUCUGCCGCUGAUAAUUUCGAUGAGAAUGAAAUUUCAUUUGCCGACGCACCAAGACUCUCAGAUUCCGAUCAGGAUGAUGAUCAAAGUGACUCUUCCAGUGAAAUUAUUUGGUCAUCGCAAUUGGAGAGUAACAAAGUUGACAGUUCUUUUAACCAGCCGCAAAUAACGCUGCAACCACCGAGCUCAGAUGCCAUGGGCGAUCGUUUAGAGCACAAUGAAGAAUGCACCGAAAGCUUUAAAAAAGAGCACAGUGACGUAAAUAUGACUUUAAGACCACCUCCAGAAGUUGUUUAUGAGAACUUGGAGCGAUUCUUUCCAGGGACAGAUCUCGAUAGACCAAUCGUAGAGGGAAAUACUCCUCCACCCUCACCUCAAGCAACAAAGUCAAGGUCGCCAAACACUAGUCAAUCAACUACCAUUCCAACAGAAGAUGAUCAGUCACCCUUCAGUUCAAGGUUAGGCACACCUCAGACAAUGAUCACCGACUCCUUGAAUACCUCCAAUGAAGUUUUAGGAGGUCCUGGUAAGAGCUUGAAAAUUCCUAAACGAAGUAAGACCAUCAGAAUUAUUGCUAGAGAAGCGAGCGAGGCCGGGAGGUCAUCUCAAACAAAAAGAUUGAAGCGUAAAAAUACUAAGAUGUGGGGGACCAGGGUUGUAGAAGUAACUGAUAAGAGAACAGUCGCUAUUAACAAGUCUAAGAAUUCUAAAGGCGAGUACAAGGAAUUUGCAUGGAUUAGGGGUGAAAUUAUUGGCAGGGGCUCGUUUGGAUCGGUAUUUUUGGGAAUGAACGUUACAGCAGGCGAAAUGAUAGCAGUGAAACAAGUUGAAGUACCCAGAUUUGGGUCCCAGGAUGAGACGGCAUUGAACGUACUAGAAGCACUGAGGUUAGAAGUUGCCACUUUGAAAAACCUUGAUCAUACAAACAUUGUCCAAUACCUUGGUUUCGAGGAUAAAAACCACGUUUACAGUCUUUUUCUUGAAUAUGUUGCCGGUGGUUCAGUGGGUGCCUUAAUUCGUCAUUUUGGUAGGUUUGACGAAAAGCUAGUUCGCUUUCUGGCGGUCCAGGUUCUGAGAGGAUUGUCGUACUUACACUCUAAGGGAAUUCUUCACCGCGAUAUGAAAGCCGACAACCUUCUAUUGGAUGUGGACGGCGUAUGCAAAAUCAGCGACUUUGGUAUUUCUAGAAAGUCGAAUAAUAUAUACACUAACUCCGACAUGACAAUGAGGGGGACGGUCUUUUGGAUGGCACCUGAGAUGGUUGAUACUAAGCAAGGGUACAGUGCCAAAGUAGAUAUAUGGUCUUUGGGUUGCGUGGUACUUGAGAUGUUUGCGGGCAAACGUCCUUGGUCCAACUUUGAAGUAGUUGCUGCAAUGUUGAAAAUUGGAAAAUUCAAAUCUGCCCCACCAAUUCCUGAUGACAUCAAAGAGUUAAUUUCACCAGAAGCUAAAGACUUCCUUGAUGCUUGUUUCAAUGUGAAUCCUGAUAAAAGGCCGACGGCGGACCAACUACUCACUCAUCCGUUUUGCAAGGUGGACGAGAGUUUCGUGUUUCAGGCCACAAAUCUGGCGAAGUUCAUAAGGUACAAUGAUAAAGGCAGCGCCAGCACUCUAGUAACGAACCACCAGGCUAAAUGCUGA